AUGAAAUUUCGUAUUAAAUUUCAUAAUCAAACAUCUUCAAUAACAUUCGAUGAUAUUAAUGAAAAUUUAUCUAUAAAUGAUUUAAAAAAUACAAUAAUAAAUAAUUUUCCAUCAUUAAGACAGUCAAAUUUUCAUUUAUCACUUAAUGGUAGAGAUUUAUUAGAUGAAAAUCAAACAAUAUCUCAAUCUGGUCUUGUUAAUGGUGAUACAAUCUAUAUAUUAAAUGAAAUAAAUAAUGAUAAUUUAUCAUCAUUAUCAAUAUCAUCUAUUGAUCAACCAUUAACACUUGAUGAAGUACGAGAUUUACAAACAUAUCCAAAAUUAAUACAUCAUCUCGUUGAACAUUCUCGACCAGAAAAUGAUUUUGAUUAUAUGGUUAUAGUUAUGCAUGCUUUAAUGCUUGAAAGUGGCUUUCAAAUGGAUGCAGAAAAUAAUUAUGAUUUAAAAAUUGCACGAAAAUCAUCAACAUUUUAUGUUAUUCGUUAUCGACAUAAAUUAUGUGAAAAAGAACGUAUUAGAUGUUCAUUAGCAAUUAUGAAAACCGAUUCAUUAGUAACAAUUGAUGGUGUUGUCAAUUCAAUUUCACAAGCUUGUGGAAAAUUAUCAUUUAAUAUUGGAAAUUAUUUACAUACACAAAAAGAAGCAAUCGCUUUAAAUGCAGCGUUUCCUUAUCAUAAUCUUCGUGAUUUAUCACGAUUAUUCAAAGAUAAUCUAGCAAAUCGUUUAUUAUGUAAAUUAUUAGAAGAAUCAGGACAACGUUCAAGUGCAACAUUAAUCGGAUUACCAAAUGAAAUAAAACUUCGUUUAGGAAAAUAUCUUCCAAUUAAAUCUUUACUUGCACUUCAAUUAACAUGUCGCGAUAUUCAUAACACUUUAAAUGACAAUCUUUUUUGGCAUGAUUUAUGUAUACGAGAUUUUGAUAAAACAGCAAUAACAUCAGUAUCAAAUACGACAGAGAAUAGCUCAAAUGAAAAAAAUUGGCAUAAAUUGUAUCAAAUAAUGUAUGCUCAAAAACAAGCCAUAUUAAGACAUCAAACAAAAUAUUCGCCAUUCUUUCAUACGACUUUUGUUCCAUUAGCGCCACCACCCGGUCAUCCAACACAUCGAGUUCUUUUUCCAGAUCCAACAAAUGCAGCAUCGGCUGCAUUUCAUCCUUUUCCACCAGCUAUUUAUCGACCUAUUCCACCAGGCGUAUUUCGCAUUUGUACUGCAAAUACACAGCAGGCACAAACAACACAGCAUCAGCAAGCACAACAUCAUAUUUAUUGUCAACCACUUUUUGGUUUAAAAUGGGUCGUGAUUUUUGCAGCUGCUACUAUGAUUCCACUACCGCCAUGUUUUCAUCCUGUUUGGCUUGGUUAA